CCCAAAUCUGGGUAGGGGAUACAUUUGAUUCGUUUAAAGAUCCGUAACCAUGUCCGACGACUCGACUGAAACCCGUCAAUUGGACUUAGCUGGGCACGAGUUACCCUCCGGUGCCAUCAACAUCAAUGACAAUGAGGGCAAUGCCAAUAGCCCCAGCUCAGUUUCUGCCAUGGGUGAAGCCCUAUCCGCCUUGAUUUCCUCUGUGAUUAGGGAAUUCGACGGCAGAGCUGACGCGACUUCCCGCAGUCAAGAGCAACUCUCUUUCUCCCUCGAUCGUCUCAGCGGAGAACUUGACAAGCUGUUGGAGGAUGUGCCAUUCCCUUUCAUCAUGCAACACGCCGCUAGGAUAUCUGCUGUUAGAAAGAGAGUCACAUCCCUAAAUUAUGUUUUGAAAUCAAUACAAAGGCGUGUAGAUAAUAUUGACCGGAUGGUUGUGCCCACAGGCUUAACGCAUGAAAGAAAGACGGGAGAUGAUGUGGGACAGCAUUGAGAUGUCUCAUCGCAAAGGUGUAAUCCGCUUGUUGCUUUGCUGCAUGGUUUGUUGGCCUGUCCUGUUUGUGUAUCCUUGUGCUUUUGCAAGUGUUGCUAUUAUGUACGUAGGCAGCAGAGUUGUGGAAUAACUAUGACACCAACUUAGGGGCUGAUUGAUUUCCAUAAGUCUUUUAUGGAUUAAGUUGUGAUUAAGUGAAUUAACUGUUUUUUCAUGUACUUAGUAAACAGUGGCAUCUGGGUAAAAUAAUCAAUUUAAGUUUAUUUUUGGAUUGUCUCCUACUCUCCUCAAUGGGAACAUAUGUUUCAUAAUGAGUUGAAAAAUUAGUUGAAUAAACAUUUGGUUUGGUUUUUAUAAAUAGUCAAAAGUGAUAAGUUUUUUAUCAUAAAAUAAAUGAACC